AUGUACAGACAUCACUUAUUCCUUUGUCCUCUUGAACUUCCACAGCUUUCCUGGGCAGUGGACUGGACUUGGGUAAGCAAAAGCAUAUGUUUUCUGAGCUUUGGUUCUUCAGCCGUUGGAGACCAUGAGCAAAGUCAUACUCCAGCAAAGCUCUGCGUCCCUGGAAUCGAGGAGUGUAAAGUGCUGCUGGAGGAAAACCAGGGCAUUGCUCCUGUGGUUUCCAGUCACGUGAGCCCAGGAGUGAAACCAGCAGUGGUUGGGCCCUUCAGCUCACACAUGAUGGAAUUUCCAAGAAAACGCAAAGGAAGCGAUUCAGACCCCUCCCAGUCAGAAAUCAUGACAGAAAAAGUGGUGGAAAAGCUUUCUCAGAAUCCCUUUACCUAUCUUUCAACAAAGAUAGAAAUAUCAGCACCCAGUGGCAGCAGAAUGGAAGAUGGUGAGCAACAAGUAAAAAUGAAGUCCUUCAGAGAAGCUCAUAGCCAAACCGAAAAGCGGAGAAGAGAUAAAAUGAACAACUUGAUUGAAGAACUGUCUGCCAUGAUCCCUCAGUGCCAUCCUGUGGCCCGUAAACUGGACAAACUCACAGUUUUAAGAAUGGCUGUCCAGCACCUGAAGUCUGUAAAAGGCAUGACAAAUUCUUAUUUAGGAGAUCACUAUAGACCUUCAUUUAUUCAGGAUAAUGAACUCAGGCACCUAAUCCUUAAGACUGCAGAAGGCUUCCUGUUUGUGGUUGGAUGUGAAAGAGGAAAAAUUCUCUUCGUUUCUAAGUCAGUCUCCAAAGUACUUAAUUAUGAUCAGGCUARUUUGACGGGACAAAGCUUAUUUGACUUCUUACAUCCAAAAGAUGUUGCCAAAGUAAAGGAACAACUUUCUUCUUCUGAUAUUUCACCAAGGGAGAAGCUAAUAGAUGCCAAAACUGGUUUGCCUGUUCACAGUAAUUGUCACGCUGGGAGGACACGUGUGUAUUCUGGCUCCAGACGAUCUUUCUUCUGCCGAAUAAAGAGCUGUAAAAUCUCUGUCAAAGAAGAACACGGAUGUUUACCCAACUUAAAGAAGAAAGAUCAUAGAAAAUUCUGUACCAUCCACUGCACUGGUUACCUGAGAAGCUGGCCUCCAGAUAUGGUUGGAAUGGAAGAGGAGAGGGACAACAAGAAAGACAACAGUCAUUUUACCUGCCUCGUUGCCAUUGGAAGAUUGCAUCCGUUUAUUGUCCCACAGAACAGUGGAGAAAUUAAAGUGAAACCAACUGAAUUCAUAACACGGUUUGCAAUGAAUGGAAAAUUUGUGUACGUAGACCAAAGGGCAACAGCCAUUUUAGGAUAUUUGCCUCAGGAACUUUUGGGAACUUCUUGUUAUGAAUAUUUCCAUCAAGAUGACCAUAGUAACCUGACUGACAAGCACAAAGCAGUUCUACAGAGUAAGGAGAAAAUAUUUACAGACUCAUACAAAUUCAGAGUGAAAGAUGGCUCCUUUGUAACUUUAAAAAGCCAGUGGUUUAGUUUCACUAAUCCUUGGACCAGAGAACUAGAAUAUAUUGUGUCUGUCAACACACUAGUUUUGGGGCAUAGUGAGACCAGAGGAGCAUCAUUAUUUCACUGCAGCUCUCAAUCAUCAGAAGAAUCCCCUAAGCAAUCUUGUAUCCAUGUGCCUGGAAUGUCUACUGGAACUGUACUUGGUGCUGGCAGUAUCGGAACAGACAUUGCAAACGAAGUUCUGAAUUUACAAAGGUUACAGUCUUCGUCCUUUGAUGAUUCAAGUCCAACAGAGCCAAUGAGAGAUAAUCACACUGUCACCUGCAGGAAUAUGUCAAAUCAAGAGUUGUUUUCACUGAGUCCUUCAGAAACAGGGGAGCUGGAGACAACCAGGCAAAGCCAGAGCACUCACGAACCUCUCCUCAGUGACAGCGCACAGCUGGAUUUCGAUGCCCUGUGUGACAAUGAGGACACAGCCAUGGCUGCUUUCAUGAAUUACUUAGAAGCAGAGGGGGGCCUAGGGGACCCCGGGGACUUCAGUGACAUCCAAUGGACACUCUAG